AUGGCCAUGGCUAGAGAAGGUGAAAUUCUGGCAAUUUUAGUGAUAUUUCCUAUGCUUCUGCUGCUUCAUUCCAAGACCACACAAGCAGAUACCUUCAUUGUUGGAGAUGAUCUGGGUUGGACUGCAAACGCUAGCGUGGGAAAUUGGCCUCAAGGAAAGACGUUUUUUGCUAAUGACACACUUGUGUUCAACUAUGAUAACCAAUUGUAUAAUGUGGUCGUGACGGAUCAAGUAAGGUAUAAUUCAUGCACAAUUACUAUGAAUUCUCGAGUGUUUGAAUCGAGACAUGAUCGAAUUCAUCUUGUUUUUGGAGAAAAUUACUUCAUGACUGGCAAUCCUAAUGAUUGUCAACUUGGUAUGAAAAUGGCGGUCAUGGCAGAAAAUUAA